GAACACGCGAGGGUGAGAGAGGCUGGCUGUAGAGAAGGGGAGGAGAGCAGAGGGAGAGGGGGAGCGAGCUAGCGCUCCAAGCAUGAGGACCGGCUGCUCCCGGCUCAGUUAAUCUGGCUGUCAGUCGGUGUUAACGCUGCAGUUUAACUGCUUGGCUCCCCUUCCAAGAGAAACAAGAGGAAUCUCACGCAAGGAAGGGAGGAAGGAAAGAAGCAAGCAAGGAACUGCAGGAAGAAAAGAGCCGGCAGAGCAUCGAGAAGAAUCAAAGGAAGGGGAGGGAAGACCAAAUCUAUGGUUGGACCAGGGCUUCUUUUUCGCCAAUGUAAAAAGGAAUAUGCCGUACAUCUUUGCCUUUUUCUGCACCGGGUUUCUAGGUGCGGUUGUGGGUGCCAAUUUCCCCAACAAUAUCCAGAUAGGGGGAUUAUUUCCAAACCAACAAUCGCAGGAACAUGCGGCUUUUAGGUUCGCUUUGUCGCAACUCACGGAGCCCCCCAAGCUGCUUCCCCAGAUCGAUAUUGUGAACAUCAGUGACAGCUUUGAGAUGACUUACCGAUUCUGUUCCCAGUUCUCCAAAGGAGUCUAUGCCAUCUUUGGGUUUUAUGAGCGAAGGACUGUCAACAUGCUAACCUCCUUCUGCGGGGCCCUCCAUGUGUGCUUCAUUACUCCAAGCUUUCCCGUCGACACAUCCAAUCAGUUCGUCCUGCAGCUGCGCCCGGAACUACAGGAAGCUCUCAUCAGCAUCAUCGACCAUUACAAGUGGCAGACCUUUGUCUACAUUUAUGAUGCUGACCGGGGCCUGUCAGUCCUGCAGAGAGUCUUGGAUACAGCUGCAGAGAAGAACUGGCAGGUGACGGCUGUCAACAUUCUGACCACCACAGAGGAAGGAUACAGGAUGCUCUUUCAGGACCUGGAGAAGAAAAAGGAGCGGCUGGUGGUGGUGGACUGUGAAUCAGAACGCCUCAACGCCAUCCUGGGCCAGAUUGUAAAGCUGGAAAAGAACGGCAUUGGUUACCACUACAUUCUCGCCAACCUGGGCUUCAUGGACAUUGACUUAAAUAAGUUCAAGGAGAGUGGAGCCAAUGUGACAGGGUUCCAGUUGGUGAACUAUACAGACACAAUCCCAGCCAGAAUCAUGCAGCAGUGGAGGACGAGUGACGCCCGAGACCACACCAGGGUGGACUGGAAGAGGCCAAAGUACACAUCUGCUCUUACCUAUGAUGGUGUGAAGGUGAUGGCCGAGGCCUUCCAGAGCUUACGGAGGCAGAGGAUUGACAUAUCCCGGCGGGGGAAUGCUGGGGACUGUCUGGCUAACCCAGCUGUGCCCUGGGGCCAAGGGAUUGACAUCCAGAGAGCCCUGCAGCAGGUGCAAUUCGAAGGUUUGACUGGAAACGUGCAGUUCAAUGAGAAAGGGCGCCGAACCAACUACACUCUCCACGUGAUCGAAAUGAAGCAUGAUGGGAUCCGCAAGAUUGGUUACUGGAAUGAAGAUGACAAGUUUGUCCCCGCAGCCACCGAUGCUCAGGCUGGAGGAGACAACUCAAGCGUCCAGAAUAGAACCUACAUCGUCACUACUAUCCUCGAAGAUCCUUAUGUGAUGCUUAAGAAGAACGCCAAUCAGUUUGAGGGUAACGACCGCUAUGAGGGCUACUGCGUGGAGCUGGCUGCCGAGAUCGCCAAGCAUGUGGGCUACUCCUACCGACUGGAGAUUGUCAGCGAUGGCAAAUACGGAGCCCGGGAUCCUGACACAAAGGCCUGGAACGGCAUGGUGGGGGAGCUGGUCUAUGGAAGAGCAGAUGUGGCAGUGGCUCCCUUGACCAUAACCUUGGUCCGGGAGGAAGUCAUCGACUUCUCCAAGCCAUUCAUGAGUUUGGGAAUCUCCAUCAUGAUUAAGAAGCCACAGAAGUCCAAGCCGGGUGUCUUCUCCUUCCUUGACCCUUUGGCCUAUGAGAUCUGGAUGUGUAUAGUGUUUGCCUACAUUGGAGUGAGUGUCGUCCUCUUCCUGGUCAGCCGGUUCAGCCCCUAUGAAUGGCACAGCGAAGAGUUUGAAGAGGGACGUGACCAGACAACCAGUGACCAGUCAAAUGAGUUUGGCAUAUUCAACAGCCUGUGGUUCUCGCUGGGGGCCUUCAUGCAGCAAGGAUGUGACAUCUCUCCCAGGUCCCUGUCUGGACGCAUCGUCGGCGGUGUCUGGUGGUUCUUCACUCUGAUCAUCAUCUCCUCGUACACAGCCAACCUGGCCGCCUUCCUGACUGUGGAGAGGAUGGUGUCUCCCAUUGAGAGUGCAGAAGACCUGGCAAAGCAAACGGAAAUUGCUUAUGGGACACUGGAGGCAGGCUCUACUAAGGAGUUCUUCAGGAGGUCUAAAAUCGCUGUGUUUGAGAAGAUGUGGACGUACAUGAAGUCUGCAGAGCCCUCUGUGUUUGUCCGGACCACAGAGGAGGGCAUGAUCAGAGUGAGAAAGUCUAAAGGCAAAUACGCCUACCUCCUGGAGUCCACGAUGAAUGAGUACAUUGAGCAGCGCAGGCCCUGCGACACCAUGAAAGUGGGAGGUAACCUGGAUUCCAAAGGCUAUGGCAUUGCGACACCCAAGGGGUCCGCCCUGAGAAAUCCAGUAAACCUGGCAGUGUUAAAACUGAACGAGCAGGGGCUUUUGGACAAAUUGAAAAACAAAUGGUGGUACGACAAGGGCGAGUGCGGCAGCGGGGGAGGUGACUCCAAGGACAAGACCAGCGCUUUGAGCCUCAGCAACGUGGCAGGCGUGUUCUACAUCCUGAUUGGAGGGCUGGGAUUGGCCAUGCUGGUUGCCUUAAUCGAGUUCUGCUACAAAUCCCGUAGCGAGUCGAAGCGGAUGAAGGGUUUCUGUUUGAUCCCACAGCAAUCCAUCAAUGAAGCCAUACGGACAUCGACCCUCCCCCGGAACAGUGGGGCAGGAGCCAGUGGAGGAGGCAACAGUGGAGAGAACGGCCGGGUGGUCAGCCAGGACUUCCCGAAGUCCAUGCAAUCCGUUCCCUGCAUGAGCCACAGUUCAGGGAUGCCCUUGGGAGCCACUGGAUUAUAACUGGAGCAGACAGGAAACCCUCGGGGGGAGCAGGAUCAGGCUCCCCCCAGCCCCAUCCCAAGCCCUCCAGUGCCAAAAACAACAACAAAAUGAAACACCACUUCCAGCCACCAUGACCAUAUGGAGGACAAUUCAGCCAAUGUCCCUGAAGAUUUAAAAAAAAAAAAAAAAAAAAAGUCCUCUAGGCCAUUCCUUUCGUUUGGGGAUUUUUUUUUUCACCCUAUUCCAUUUGCUAAGUGAAGAUGGUAACUAACUCUAUGCUGCAAUAACGGGAGAAGUCCUGUCCAAUGAAGUCUCUGAAAAUGGAGUCACUGGGAUAUUAAUGAAGAAAUCAAACUGUUUGGUUUUAAUUCAAUUGUUAAUGUGUCUUAGUGUGUGCAAUUAUUUUCUUACUAAUAUCCACAGUUUGAAGGCUCUGUUAGACUCUUUUCCUCCUUCUUAUCCUAAUCCCAUCACCCACCCACCCACCCACCCACCCACCCAUCACUCUUCGGUUUCCAGAUUGAAGACUCAUGACUGGUUCCACCUUUACAAGCAAGGAAAGGAAUGGGCGAUCUUCACGCUCAUUCAGUGUGGGAGCUCUCCAUGAUACUUUCUGUUCUUUGGCCCGCACCUUGGAUGGAGACAGACACUCCUGGAGGAGGGGCUACCUUCCCCCAGAAAGAAUACUACCUAAAUGCUGAUUCAUCAGAAAAUAACCUCAAAGAGCAUCUCAGACAGGGGGUGGAAGGGAGCUGGGCAGAGUGCAGGCAGAGGAGAACUCGGAAAGUUCCUUAUUGCUUGGAUGAAGCUCCAAGAACUACCCCAAGGGACAAAGAGUACCAAUAUGGGACAUCUCUUUACAGUGUCGAUCUCAGCCCUGAAAAGUGCAUUCUACUUUGCUCAGGCCCAAAGACACUGUGGUGGCCAAAAGACAACUGAUCUCCUGAACCCAGUAGAGCCUUGCAAAGAGCUGG